AUGAACGUCUAUCUAACUGGCAACCAAUACUCGAUCACCAACAGCCUCAGCAACCUCUUCACUCUUCGGUGGGACUUGCGCCUGGGCCUAUUUGAUCAGGCGGCAUUUGUUAUCGUCCCAAAACUUGGUAAACUCGUUGUUCAUUUCCUCAUACCCACUCAAAGUGCCGAACGAUAUCACAACGUUCAAUUCGAUCUCAAAAACUCAUUGUCUCAUGAAGCCCUCUAUGCUCGUUUCGCGUGGGCGUUGAUGGACAUUGUCAAGGGCUCCACGGUGGCUCUCAAGAAAGACUUUAGAUUUCUGACGGCCUCAGGCACUGAUGAUAGAGCCGACGAUAGUGACGGAGACGAAGACGGUGGUUGGGACGAAGGCGGUGGUGCAGACGAAUACGAUAGUGGUGGAGGAGAAGAAGGCGGCGGACGCAGUGGUGGCGGACGCGGCGGUGGUAGAGGCGGACGCGGUGGUGUAAAACGCAAACGCGAGUAUGAAAACGAAGACGACGAAAUCCAUGAUGAUAUGGGUACCACGUCCGAUCCAGGUAGCGGUCGACGGAGAAGCGGCAGUCACGUUACAUCUGAUGCUUGUCCGCGAGAAGGUAGAGCCUGGCCAACAUCACACCUUCCAGAGUUGUAUGCUGAUGUUAUUGAGCCAGAUGGUAGCCAGCUGUUGCUUGACAGUGAAGCUCGAGAACUUGAAGAGGACAUGAAGAAAGCAAGUCGCACCCUUCCUUUCUUCGUGGAUCCCAAUGUCAAGGUGCCCGCUGAUUACUAUGAAGAGAUUACUUGGUACCCAGGGAGCGCGAUUGUUGAGAGAAGAAAACAAGCUUAUCUUGAUGCCCAUCCGCAGAUCAGGGCCCACAGUGAUCAACUUUUACCUGCGGACUAUAACCUUUCCGAUGAUGAGAAUUUGGUGUAA